AAAGUGAAAAAAAAAAUCCUUUUCAUAAUAAUAAAAUAAAAUAAAAUAAAAAUGAUAUAUUUAUUGUUGUCAGUGUUGAGCGGCCAUAACUGUAAGAGACCAAAGCUCCAUUCAUUCAUGCUCAUUGCUCAUACUCACAACCACCAAAACCCCUUCUUCUUCUUCUUCUUCUUCUCCAUAACUCACAGACCCAAUGCGAGGACCCACUGUUCUAUUCCUCUUCAUCGCCUUGGUCACCGCCGUCGCCGUUGCCGGAGGAGGAGGAGAGUUUGACGGCGACUACUCCAAGCUCUCGGGGAUCAUAAUUCCAGGCUUCGCUUCCACCCAACUUCGUGCCUGGUCAAUUUUGGAUUGCCCUUUCUCUCCUCUCGAUUUCAAUCCCCUCGAUUUGGUUUGGCUCGACACCACCAAACUUCUUUCUGCAGUAAAUUGUUGGCUUAAAUGCAUGAUGUUAGACCCUUACAACCAAACAGAUCACCCCGACUGCAAGUCCCGGCCCGAUAGCGGUCUUUCAGCAAUUACAGAGCUUGAUCCUGGCUAUAUAACAGGCCCUCUUUCUUCGGUUUGGAAAGAAUGGAUUAAGUGGUGCAUUGAGUUUGGUAUUGAGGCUAAUGCAAUAAUUGCUGUUCCAUAUGAUUGGAGAUUGUCACCAGCAAUGCUUGAGGAACGAGACCUUUACUUUCAUAAGCUUAAAUUGACAUUUGAAACUGCAUUGAAACUUCGCGGAGGCCCCUCUUUAGUAUUUGCUCAUUCAUUAGGUAAUAAUGUAUUCCAAUACUUCUUGGAGUGGUUAAAGCUGGAAAUUGCACCAAAACAUUAUAAUAAAUGGCUCGACGAACACAUUCAUGCCUAUUUUGCUGUUGGAGCUCCUCUUCUUGGUGCAACCGAGACAGUAAAAGCAGCACUAUCUGGAUUGACAUUUGGUCUUCCUGUUUCCGAGGUUAUUCCUCUCACAACCAUUUAUGACGCCUUCAGUUUUUGGGGGACUGCUCGCCUGUUGUUCAAUUCAUUUGGUUCUUCUCUAUGGAUGAUGCCAUUUUCAAAGUAUUGUAGGGCGGAGAAUGUAUACUCGAAGCAUUUCUCUUGGGGAGGGAGCAGAAAGAGUCAUCAAACAUAUUUUUGUGAUGAGCAAGAAUUUCGGUUAAAUUUCUCUGGGUGGCCAACAAACAUAAUAAAUAUUGAAAUUCCUUCAACCCAUGGACUUGAGGCCUAUCCAUCAAUUACCGAAAUAGCAGAGUCUAACUUGACUAGCAUGGAAUGUGGACUUCCAACUCAGUUAUCCUUUUCUGCUCGAGAAAUGUCCGAUGGAACCUUUUUCAAAGCAAUAGAAGAUUAUGAUCCGGACAGUAAGAGGCUGUUGUAUCAAUUACAAAAGUUAUAUCAUGGUGAUCCAGUUUUAAAUCCACUCACACCAUGGGAGAGACCACCUAUUAAAAAUGUCUUCUGCAUCUAUGGAAUAGAUUUGAAGACCGAGGUUGGAUACUAUUUUGCGCCUAGUGGGAAGCCUUACCCCGACAAUUGGAUCAUCACAGAUGUGAUUUAUGAAAUGGAAGGAUUUCUAACCUCGAGGUCAGGGAAUGACGUGGAAGGAAAUCCAGGAGCAACGAGUGGGGAUGAAACAGUACCAUACCAUUCUCUUUCCUGGUGUAAGAAUUGGCUUGGACCUAAAGUAAAUAUAACAAGGACACCUCAGUCGGAGCAUGAUGGGUCUGAUGUACAUGUGGAAUUGAAUGUAGAACAUAUUCAUGAUGUAGACAUUGUUCCCAACAUGACAAAGCUCCCUAGAGCCAAGUAUGUUACGUAUUAUGAAGAUUCUGAGAGUAUUCCGGGUAAGAGGACAGCAGUAUGGGAGCUCGAUAAAGCGAAUCAUAGGAACAUUGUCAGAUCGCCAAUUCUAAUGCGGGAGUUAUGGCUUCAGAUGUGGCACGAUGUCCAUCCAAACGCAACCUCAAAAUUUGUUACCAAAGCCAAACGAGGACCUUUGAGGGACGAGGACUGUUAUUGGGAUUAUGGGAAAGCUCGCUGUGCAUGGGCCGAGUACUGUGAAUACAGAUACAAUUUCGGGGAUGUACAUUUAGGACAGAGCUGUAGGUUAAAGAAUUCUUCAGCUAAAAUGCUCUUGGAUUACUUGUAGAUUAGAUGGGUCACCGCCUAUUCGGUUUCUUAACAUGGUUCUUCAACAUGUCUUCUUGGAAUACAUUAAUCCUGGUCAAAUGGUAGUCUGAAGCCGUGUCACAACUACCGAGCAAUGUUGUUGCUUCUAGCAUAGUCCUCUGAAGCACCGGCCAUCGUUCUAUUUUAGUUUCGACAUUAAUACACUCAGAAGAUGAAAAGUGGGACAAUAAUUUUUACACCUUGAGAAGAGAGGCCUAGAGUGAAGUACAACAUCAUCAAUUGAACUUCUUCGACUAUGACAUUUUAAAAUGUAACAUUUGUGAUUAGUGAUAUCAAGCCUUUGUCUCUGUAAACACUUAGGAGGCGUUUGGUUGGGAGGAAUGAAAAUAUAGGAAUAGGAAUGGGAAUGGAAAUAGGAAUAGGAAUGGAAUGGAAUAAAAUUUAAAAUGCAUAAAAAAAAUUGAUAAAAAAAUAAUUAUUUUUUUUUUCUUGUUACAUUGGAAUGGUCAUUCCUUCCUUUUUAAAAUGGAAUAGUCAUUCCACCAAAAUGGUGGAAAGAGCAUUUCAUUGGAAUGCCAUUCCAAUACUUUAAAAUGCAACCAAACAAAGGAAUGGAAUAAAAAUUGUUUCCUUUCCAUUCCAUUCCAUUUCAUUACCUCCAACCAAACGCCACCUUAUUUCUUAAUGUACAUUUUACUAAUUCUUGUAGAGCAAUGAUACGUGCACACAUAAAUUACACACAAUUAUGAGUUAGGAUAACUAAAAGUGGCUUGCCAUGCAAUAUUUCGGUGUAAUUUGAGGGUUAACAUUUCCUUGUUGUCUUCUUUUUCUAUAAUCACAAAGAUCUAUUACAUUUUCUUC